AUGGAGCCGCAUCUGAAGCUGAGCAAGGAGAGCACGAGCUCGCUUGUCGACAGGAAGCUUUACCGCAGCGUCGUUGGCAACCUCCGCUAUCUGGUGCACACGAGGCCGGACAUCUCAUUCGCAGUUGGCUUCGUCAGCAGGUUCAUGGAGGUACCCACGACAGAGCACUGGGCGGCUGUCAAGCACCUGAUAAGGUAUGUUGCAGGUACUCUAAACUACGGGUGCAGAUACAAGAAGGGAGAGCCGGAGCCGCGGCUGGUUGGUUAUAACAAAGCGGAUUUCGCCGGUGAUGUUGAUGACAGGAAGAGCCCCUCCGGGCUGGUGUUCGUCUUUGGGGGGAGUGUGAUAAGCCGGCAGUUGCAGAAGCAGAAAGUGAUCACCCUCUCAUCAUGCGAAGCCGAGUACAUCACGACGACCACAGCCGCGUGCACGGUCGUCUGGCUCGGGCGGAUGCUCGGUGAUCUGCUGGGAGAUCCAGGCAGUGGGACACCACUCCUCAUCGACGACGAAUCUGUGAUUCAGCUCUACAAGAAUCAUGUCUUCCACAACAGAACCAAGCACAUCGAGACGCGGUUUCACUUCAAUCGUGAGCAUGUGCGGGAUGGAAGGAUCGCCGUCGACCACGUCCACACUGGCGAGCAACUAGCUAACAUAAUGACCAAGGCUUCGCCACGGGUGAAGUUCCAGGAGUUGCAGGGCAUGAUCGACAUCCAUAGCUGA